AUGCAGAUCUUCGUGAAAACCCUAACAGGUAAGACCAUCACUCUCGAGGUCGAGAGCAGCGACACCAUCGACAAUGUCAAAGCCAAGAUCCAAGACAAAGAAGGAAUCCCUCCGGAUCAGCAGAGGUUGAUCUUCGCCGGAAAACAGCUCGAAGAUGGUCGUACUUUGGCUGACUACAACAUUCAGAAAGAAUCGACGCUUCAUCUUGUGUUGAGGCUUAGAGGAGGUAUCAUUGAGCCUUCUUUGAUGAUGUUGGCUCGUAAGUACAACCAAGACAAGAUGAUUUGCCGCAAGUAA